AUGUCGUCGGUCAAUACAACUUCGGCUCUUAAUUCCUACGCUACAUCUAUUGUUAAGCUCAAUGGAACCAACUACUCAGAAUGGAAAGAGCAAGUUGAGUUCUCAUUGGGAGUUCUUGAAUUGGACAUGGCUCUCCUAAGAGAUAAACCAAGUCCACUUACUGAGUCAAGUACUCCUGAAGAGAAAAAGUUCCAUGAUGAUUGGGAAAGAUCCAAUAGAUUGAGCAUGAUGUUUAUGCGGAUGGUGGUUGACACUAACAUUAAGUCAUCACUUCCUACCACUGAUAAUGCUAAGGAAUACUUAAAGAAUAUUGAGGAAAGGUUCAAGACAGCAGAUAAAUCCCUUGCGGGGAAGCUGAUGACGGAUCUUUGUAACCAUGAAGUUUGA